GAGGAAGCAGCGGAGUGGGCAAACUGGCUCGCUGGCUUGCUCCCCGCGCCCCUCCCUAGGCUCCUCCUCCGGUGUCGCUGUCCCUGUCCCGGCCUGUGCGCGCUGGGCAGCCCCGGGCCGGAGCAUGGAGAGGGGCGCGGGCCUGCCGCAGCACAUCAUGGCCCAGGUGCGCGUCCAAGCCCUCGGGGCCGCGGCCAGCCUGGAGGAUCCGUGCCGGGAAGGCUCGCGGAGGCAGCAGGCGGCUGCCGCUGGGGACAGGCUGGCCGGAGGGCGGCUGCUGGACAGCCGCAGCUUGGAUGGGAUCAGCCAGGCGUAUGGGGCCAGCCGGGCGCAGGAAGGGCGCCGCGCCACCAUCUCCAGCGCCCUGGAGCUGGAAGGGACGGUCAGCCACGAUGGGGACCUCACCCACUUCGUGGCCAACAACCUGCAGCUGAAAAUCAAGCUGAGCUCCCGGGGCAGCCUGGAGGAGCCGGAGCCCCCGGGCCAGCCCUUCCCAGGGCUGGGGCGGAGCAAAGCGGCCGACAUCCCCCCCAUUGACCCCGCGGUGCUGGCGGAGCUGGAGCGCCUGACCCACGAGGUGGCCCACAAAGUGGACCAGAUGAUGAGGAGCUUGAGCGGCAGCAUCCAGAACAUGACGGCCCUGAGCGUCGGCUACAUCCAGACCUACCGGGACGCCGUGGACAGCCUGGGCGAGUCCGUAGACAUGAGCAUCAAAGGGAUGUACACGCUGAUGGCCCGCUGCGAGGAGCUGGACCGCUCCAUGCAGCCGGUCCACGCCCUGGCCAAACAGAUCCGGGAGAUCAAAAGGACCCUGGAGAUAUUCGAGUCGCUGUGCAAGUAGCGCCGGUGGAAAACAUUUCUGGGCUGCUUUGUUAAUAUGGGGGCGGGGAUCUCUGUGCUGGUUGCAAACUCCAAAAGGGAACGUGUCAUAUACCGUAUGUGGUUGUGUGUUGGUUUCAUGUCUUGUGCUGCCAUAAGCCUGGUACACUACAAACAGACACUGCUUUGCAGAGGGUGUCUGAAAGGGGCUAAUUCCCCCUGAACGAUUACUUGAAAAUUUUCCCACCCUCUCUAUUCCUUAGAGGGGAUGAUGCAUGCUCAGGAUUUCCAAGGACCCUAAGGGAAUGAUGCUCUCAGAUUCAAUAGGAACCCAACUUCAGUGGGAGCUGGGCUGCUUUCAAAAUCCCAGCUGUGAAGCAUUGUCUGCCUGACAAGGGAUAGUGAACUGGAUUCCCACAUCUGUGUAUUUCACCUUUCCCUGUAACAUAAGCAUAUUUAUACUUAAUAAAACCACUCUGCAAUUUGCCAAACAACCUAAAAUGUGUCUAUAGGAAAGAACUUCUGCUACUGAGCCUUCCCGGUGUUAUUUUCCAAAGAGCCCAGCAUUGCUCUAGCUCGGCUCUCUUUGAAGUCAAGGGGAGGUUUACCUUUGAUUUCAGUGGGUGAAGAACAAGGCUGGUGACCAGUGCUUUUGAAAUUCCCACACUCUGUGUAUUUCAGCUUCUGAGGAGUUUGCCCUACAAGCAGAUUUGCAGGGUGCCGGCUCAGAAGCAGAUUCUGAAUCCUCUCCCAAAAUCUCUGAUGACUCUCACAUUCGCUUCCACAUUUAACAGCCUAACUUGUGACCUAAGAAGUGACAGCUGUGAACCUAUGCUCUGUGGCUCUUAUACCCUUCGACUGGCUAAUUUCUUUGUUCUAGUAUAGCGGGGCUGCAUGUAUUUAAUAGUUGGCAUGUUGUAUGGAAGUGUUCCUUCCAGUGUGUCUGGGGAACAGAAAGAAUUAUCUGUAGAGCCCCAAGGCCUCCCCAGUUCCAGAGGAACUUCCUGCUCUCAGCUGUUUCCUCAUCUGGAGAUGUUAAGUGACUCUGGUGGGUCUGAGUUUCUCAGUCCCUUGGUGCACUAAGGCAUUUCUCUCCUGGUAAGACCCUACCGGAAUGGCACAUCCCUGUCUGUGUGCUGCUAAAGCCCAGGGGAGUCCGGGCUAA